CGCAGUGCCUGACGGGCUUGUUCCUAGGAGGGUGGCUGUGGCCACCGAGCGGCCCCUCGUUGCGCUGUCGCGGUCUCCGCCGCCUCAUGGCGGCGAUCGGCGUGCACCUGGGCUGCACGUCGGCCUGUGUGGCUGUCUACAAGGACGGUCGGGCCGACGUGGUUGCGAACGAUGCGGGGGACAGAGUCACACCAGCCAUCGUUGCUUUCUCUGAAAAUGAGCAGGUGGUUGGACUGGCAGCAAAACAAAGUAGAAUAAGAAAUAUUUCAAGCACAGUAGUGAAAGUAAAACAGAUCCUUGGCAGAAGCUCUGCUGAUCCUCAAGCUCAGAAAUACAUCUCGGAAAGUAAAUGUUCAGUCGUUGAGAAAAAUGGAAAAUUGCGAUAUGAAAUAGAUACUGGAGAAGAAACAAAAUUUGUUAAUCCAGAAGAUGUUGCCAGACUUAUAUUCAGUAAAAUGAAAGAAACUGCACAUUCUGUCUUGGGCUCAGAUGCAAAUGAAGUAGUUAUUACCGUCCCAUUUGAUUUUGGAGAAAAGCAAAAAUCUGCUCUGGGAGAAGCAGCUGGAGCCGCUGGAUUCAAGGUGUUGAGACUAGUACACGAGCCAUCUGCAGCUCUUCUUGCUUACGGGAUUGGACAAGACUGCCCUACCGGGAAGAGCAAUGUUUUGGUAUUUAAGCUUGGAGGAACAUCCUUAUCGCUCAGUGUCAUGGAAGUUAACAGUGGGAUGUAUCGAGUUCUUUCAACGAACACCAAUGAUAACAUUGGGGGUGCACACUUCACAGAAACCUUAGCACAGUACCUGGCUUCGGAGUUCCAGAGGUUGUUCAAACAUGACGUGAGGGGAAAUGCCCGAGCCAUGAUGAAAUUGAUGAACAGUGCUGAAGUGGCCAAACAUUCUUUGUCAACUUUGGGAAGUGCGAAUUGUUUCGUAGAUUCAUUGUAUGAAGGUCAAGAUUUUGACUGCAAUGUGUCCAGAGCAAGAUUUGAACUUCUUUGUUCUCCGCUUUUUAACAAAUGUAUAGAAGCAGUCCGAGAACUCUUACGUCAAAGUGGAUUUACAGCAGAUGAUAUUAACAAGGUUGUGCUGUGUGGUGGAUCUUCAAGAAUCCCCAGGCUACAGCAGCUGAUUAAGGACCUCUUCCCAGCUGUGGAGCUUCUCAACUCCAUUCCUCCAGAUGAGGUCAUCCCUAUCGGUGCAGCCAUGGAAGCCGGGAUUCUUGCUGGGAAAGAGAGCAUGUCAGGGGAUGACUCUCUCAUGAUAGAGUGUUCAGCCAAGGAUAUUUUAGUGAAGGGGGUCGAUGAAUCAGGGGCCAACAGAUUCACAGUACUGUUUCCAUCCGGGACGCCGCUGCCAGCUCGAAGACAGCACACACUGCAGGCCCCUGGCAGUAUAUCUUCUGUCUGCCUUGAACUCUAUGAGUCCGAGGGAAAGAACUCUGCUAAAGAGGAAACCAAGUUUGCACAGGUUGUGCUCCAGGAUUUAGAUAAAAAAGAAAAUGGAUUACGUGAUAUAUUAGCUGUGCUUACUAUGAAAAGGGAUGGAUCUUUACAGGUGACGUGCACAGACCAAGAGACUGGAAAAUGUGAAGCCAUCACUGUUGAGGUUGCAUCAUGACUGUUUUAGAUAAACCAAGAAUUUUUUUAGAACUGUAAUAUCAACAUUAUUUGGUUUUGUGUAUAAGUGUUGUUUAUAAUAAAAUGAUUUUUCAAUGAACAGUAUAGGCUAUGUUUCUAUUAAAAUACAACUUCAUUAAAA